AUGACUGAUGCUGAAAUUCUUCCUCGUCAUUUCCGCUCAUAUUAUCAAAGCCGUCUCUUAAUUGGGGUCCUCCAGGGAACGGAUGGCUGUGAUGAGAUGAGUGGAGGGUGUAAAUGGAAGAUUGUUAAAGUUAUGAUGAUGAUUACUAGUUUCAGGGUACCAUCUGAAGCACAAUCAGUGGUUGAACCAGAGCAUGCUAGCACCCCACCGAGAGGUUGGAACUCUUACAAUUCCUUUUGCUGGACCAUAUCUGAGGAAGAGUUCUUGCAAAGUGCUGAAAUCAUUUCUAACCGUCUUAAGCCACAUGGAUAUGAGCAUGUAGUGGUGCAUUACCUUUGGUAUAGAAGAAAGCUGGAAGGUGCUUACGCUGAUUCUCAGGGAUUUGAUGUAAAAGAUGAAUGGGGGAGGCUGAUCCCUGACCCGGAGAGAUGGCCUUCAUCCAAAAGUGGGAAAGGAUUUUCAGAAGUAGCCAAGAAAGUACAUAGCAUGGGUUUGAAGUUUGGAGUUCAUGUCAUGAGAGGGCUAAGCCUGCAAGCUUUUAAUGCAAACACCCCCAUCUUAGACACUGUCAAGGGCUCUGCCUAUGAAGAAUCUGGUAGACAGUGGACAGCAAAAGAUAUAGGGCUCAAGGAGAGGGCUUGUGCUUGGAUGUCACAUGGUUUCAUCAGUGCAAAUACCAAGCUGGAAGCUGGAAGAGCCUUCUUGAGGUCACUUUAUCUCCAAUAUGCUGAGUGGGGAGUUGAUUUUGUAAAACAUGACUGUGCAUUUGGUGAUGAUUUGGAUAUAGAUGAGAUAAGCUUUGUGUCAGAGGGAGAUAUUAUCCAAAGUGUCCUGCCGGUUCUGAGAAAGCUUGAUCGCCCCAUUUUAUAUUCAUUGUCCCCUGGUACCAGUGUGACACCAGCUAUGGCUAAAGAUGUGAGUGGACUAGUUAACAUGUACAGGAUUACCAGGGAUGAUUGGGAUACAUGGAGAGAUGUUGUUUCCCAUUUUGACAUUUCCAGAGAUUUCUCUACCUACCAAAUGAUAGGUGCCAAGGGCUUGCUUGGGAGGUCAUGGCCUGACUUGGAUAUGUCACCAUUGGGAUGGCUCACUGAUCCAGGUUCAAACGAAGGUCCACACAGAACAUGUAAUCUUAAUCUAGAUGAGCAAAGAACUCAGAUGACUUUAUGGGCUAUGGCCAAGUCACCUCUCAUGUUCGGAGGAGAUGUAAGAAAUCUGGACGAAGCCACUUACAAUCUGAUCACAAACCCUACACUGCUUGAGAUAAACUCUUUUAGCUUAAACAACAUGGAGGAGCUUUGGGUUUUACUACCUGCAAGGAUCCUAAAGCAUAUGGGUGGUCAAUUAAAGCUCUUGACCAAGAUCUUGAACAAAUCUGCUGGAAAGAGAAAUUGGAGAGCAAAUUUGAGGAAACACCGUGCCUUUACAAGAGAAAAACUCUUCUGGCUUCGUAAUUAUUUUUAUGUUUCUUUGUUAGCUUGUUUCCUUUCAUUUUUUGUAACUUAUGCAAUUUUUUAUUCAAUGUUGGAUAACUUAUUUAGGGGUGAAGAGAUGAUCUACAAGCAGAAAUAUCAGGGAACACUCCAUUUAUUAGUGAGUGAUGGUAUGGAAUUAUGCUUGGAUGCUUCUCCGAGAAGGAGGCUUACUUCAAAAGAACUUGGGGUAGGUUCUUUGCUAGGUUCAUAUAAAAUAGUCUUCAAGUCUAAUGCUUCCAUUCUGAAAUUCUCAGAUGUGGAGUUGAAUGCUAAUGGAGUCCUUGUGAACAGUUAUUCUGGUCUAUGUGCAACAGUGGACUCAUUGGAAGGUGAUACAUUUGGUCAGAUCCGAGCACCAAACUUGAGAAUAUUGUCCUAUUUGAAAGUUCUUUCUCGUUUUAAUGAUCUUUUUCAAACUUUUUCAGUAGAAAUAUUUCUUGCAUUUUUCAAUUUGAACCCAGAGAAGGAUGUGAUAUCUGCUAACAUAGCAGACCUUGCUAAGGUACUUCCCUGGAAAAUCUUGAAUGGAACAUCAUGUAAAUACGAUGAAAUUUGGAGUGGAAACUUUGGAGUGGCAAAACAGUUGAUAUCAAUAGCAGUGGAGAGGCAUAGUUGUACUUUGUUUGUUCUGCUUUGUGAUUAACAUAGAAAAGUUUUUGGUCGGAUAACUCUGCCUUAUCUCUCAUGUCAUGUCUCCAUUUUCAUUCUUAAGCAAUUGUAUCAAAUGGAGAUGCGGGCCAUAUUAUGCGGCUGCUUCUGUUGUUGUACAAGAAAAAUAGUGUGUCAAAUGGGGAUGAGGGCCAUAUUUGUAUUAAACAUUGUAGGAAUGAU